CAUAUGGAUGUUAAAAACGUUGAACCCGUUACAAUUGAACAGCGUAACAGCAGAGUGAGAGCGCUCGAAAUGAUUGUUCAGAUUGUGGAUAAACCUUUACGUUGUCUCAGCCGUCGGUCCCUCCCCUCUCGUCCGAAAAGGAUCCCCCACUCUGAUGGUCCGCGUCCAUCCCUUCGGUGGGUUGGCAGUGCGCGUUCGAUACACGGAAUCGCCUCGUGGUUCUCGGAAGGCAGUAGACUGUCGUCAGCCACGCCAGACGGCGCACUGCUCGCACGCUCACUGCUCUCUCGUAGGAGAUACUCGCCCACUGGCUCACCCACGGCUGCUGGUUACCUCGCUCUCUCGACCUCUCUUUCUCUCUCUCUCUUCGGCUGCUGGCAGCAGCAGCAGCAGCAGAGCAGGCACACUCGGCUUAGCGGGCUGCCAGUUACGCAACAAUAACAACGCCGUCAGGACGUGUAGCAUGCGCGUGCUGUGCCACCUAUACGCCGACGAACGACCCUGGAACGACGAGCUACCGAUUCGUCGUCGCCGCCGCCGCUUCUUCUGUUACUGCUGCUGCGAUCACUUGUUGAAGACCCGGUAGGAGAGCGCGCGCCCGUUCCGCGACAUAAGCAACCACACAACUACCAACCAUUUUCUUUUGGUAGGGAAAAAAAAGAAACAAGCUCGUUGAUAUAUAAAUAUAGGAAGAGUGGUGGUGAAUAGAGAGAAACGUGUGUAAACUGUGAGUUGUAUAUAGUGGCGUCGAACGGGAAUUAUGUUGUAGGAAGAGUGAUGAGCAAUAACGGAGUAGACGCGGUUGAAAGCGGUUUGAGUCUGUGCCGAGCGAACGGCGCGGAUCGAACGCUCGAUACGCGACACGUUUACACUAACGAAGAUUUACGUGAUAAAAGUGAUAUAUUCGAAUCGAGACUAUUCGAAAUUUUCUUGUAACACGUUACAUCGUAUUGUAUUUCAUUGAAGAAAGAAAGAAACGAAGAGAGGCAUGAGGUGCCCGUUCGACAGUACGUGAUGAAAUGGUACGCGAAAUACGUCGGGAUUAGGCGCCAAUGACGUCAGGCCGAGAAUCGUGGAGCCGUGUAAAAUCGUAAGGGGAAUUCGUUUGUGGAGUUUGCAGUGCGUUUACCGAUACGGUGACGUUAGUGUGUUGGUGAUAUAUAUUACUGCUGGCAGUAGUAAUUGUAGUAGUAACGCAACAGCAAUAUCUCUGUCAGAAUAGUAUUCGUAGUGGUAACAGAGUUGUGUAGUGGACUCGAUAUCGGUGUUGCCGAACAGAGAGAGUGGUGGGGCUAAAAGGAGAACCCGUGUGGAAUUGCUGCGUGGUCCGUCGUGGUAGCCAAUUAUAUUUUCUACGUGUGUGCUUCGCGGGCAAUGACUAACUGCUCGCUGUUAAGUGUGUUAGUAGGAGAUAUCGUUGACGAACCCGUUUCUGCGUUGGUGUUGCCGUCUACGUCAGCACCGGUCGGACGGGAUUUGCAUAGCAAACAGAUUGACGCGCUGGUAAGUGGAUAACGAGAGAGGAGUCGCGACUCUGUGUCCCACCAUGGAUCGUGACUCGCGUUCGUAUUCCUGCGGAGGCUGCGAGAGGACCGAGGGCCGAGCUAUGCCGAUAGAGUAACAAGUGAGCGGCGAAGCGGCGUUGCCAUGACGACAGAGACUCAUACUGUGGCGAUGACAGACCCACAGUUGGCGAAUAACAAUAACAGCAGCAACAACAACAACAAUAAUAAUAAUAACAAUAACAACAACAACAAUAACGAUGGCGAGCAAAAGUACCUGCAUAAAAAGUUCAAAAAGAUGGCGACAACCGAGGUCACGCCAAAGGUGGAGCCGAAGAAGGAUACCACGGUUACGAACGAUUCUUUGGAGCCACCUAAAAAGAAGGACACGACCAAGGACUUCCGAGACUCGCCUAAAGAUCCGAUCAAGAUCGAGGCGUCCCCGGAGUCCGUGGAUGGAGACCCCGCCGCGGAGUCGAGGAAAAGCGGCUACGUAUGCCCUUAUUGCAGGCUACUCUGCGCAAAGCCAAGUGUCCUGCAGAAACACAUUAGGGCUCACACGAACGAGAGGCCGUAUCCUUGUGUGCCGUGUGGUUUCGCCUUUAAAACAAAAUCGAAUCUCUACAAACACUGCAGGUCUCGUGCUCAUGCCCUGAAGAUGGAGGGUGGUGAUGCCAGUAAGGUAUCAGAGGACUCGGACAUAAGCCUGUCGGAUAGCGCGAGCAACGGUACUGGCACACCACCGCCGCCACCCUCUUCGACGCCCACCUCCACUGUGUCCACCAUGAAAACCAUUAAAACCGGGAAAAUCUACAAGCCAAAAUUUCACACGGCGCUUCAAUGCGUGAAUAACGAUAUCGAAACGUCUUCCCUAUCCUCCAUUUCUUCCACUAAUAGUUCUUCCUCGACGACCGCAGUCGUCACCCCGAAACCGAAUCCGGAGCAAGUGCAAGAGCACAUCGAUAAAAUUAUAACCGAUAAUCAGGCGAUCGUCGACGCGGUAGAUCCGCGGCUUCACAAGCUGAUUCAGAGGCAGCAGAGUCUAGUGGAGAUGAAAGAGUCCGAUCAACCGUUGAAUCUCUCCUCCGGUGAUGAAUUCUCCUCGAGGAAACGUUGCUACAGCGAGACGUUCACGGAGGACAGAGAUUGCCAGAACGGUUCCGAGGGUUCGAUAAUCAAGGACCUGUUGCUGAAGAAUCAGAAUUCGAGUCAGGAAGGUAGCGCCGAGAACGAGAAUUAUCUUUGUCCCGCUUGUAAUAUCCCUUACUCCAGCAUCGAUAAUCUGGACGCCCACCGUAGAUACUACUGUAAAGGUAGCUUAAGUCCUCGUAGGGAGUAUCCCUUGGAGAUAGACAAAAGAGAGUCCGAGUUCGAUUCAAAGUCUUCCGAUUAUUACAAUACCCUACAACCUCUACCUUCGCCUGGACCGCUUCUGGGGAACACCAGACUGGUGGACGCGUACACGCCACCCGUGAAGAAACAGAGACCCGAAUCCGUGCCCACUACGUUAAGAUCCCUAGAGGAGCUCAGCAAGUACCCACGGCCGAACUCGUUGCAGAUGUUCGGCGGAGAGGUGAGGAUACUUGACAACACAGGUGAAACGAAAACGAUGAGGAUCGAACCGCGACAGACCAAGUCACCGACGAGCGAGCACAUCGUGAACAGUAAGUGCGUCACCUCGGAGACCGCUUCCAUCGUAGUCAGGUCCGGUCUUCACUCGGGUGGCACCAUGGUGCACAAACCGCCUGGCACUCCGGCCAGUACGCCCAGUUCCUCCAUAUCUUUGCCGAACACGCCAAAGAUGUUGGCGCCGAUCAUACCGAACAUAUCAACCCCGAACAUAGCGCCCAGCAUGUCCUGUUACAAUUACAUGGAGCCUCAUCUGAAUCCCUUGACCAGUAUCACUGCCUACAAUCCGUUGACUCUGCCCCAGCCAGGUAUCACGAGCAUACUUCACGGAGGUAAAGUAAUACCUUACGUUCCUGGCAUGCCUGGACCGCACACUCUGCAACCGACCAUAGACAUAUCCCCUAGCAUAGCGACGGGCGAAGCCGGAUACAAAGUGAUACCAGGUCUGCCUGGCCUCCACAUGAUACCUCAACCCUUGGAUCUAGCCAGUCCGGUGAAGAUCCAAACACCGAGCGUACCCGGUAUCCCAGGACCGAUGUCCACCGCGCACGCGUCGAUGAUGGGCCAACCUCUGGACCUCGCAAGUCCGGCGAAGGACUCCAAGCUCGGCUUCAAGACACCCGGCAACGAUCCUUCGAAGGCUGGACUGACCAGCCCGAAAGUUCCUAGCGUUAAGGUAGAAACUUCGGAGAAAUACCGAAGAGGAGUACCGUCUGUCGUGGAGGUUACGAAGGUAGAGCUCGAUCGUCAUAUCAAGAACAGCAUGGCUAUCAAGUACAAGGGUAUGGAGGGUCUUAGAGACAGGCGGGAAUUCUCGUACGACAGAAGUCCGAAAGUAGAGAAAACUUUCGCAUAUUCGAACGGCGUCGACUCGGCGGUCGCUUCCUCGGUUUCCUACAGUAAACUUCGAUGUUCGCCAAAGGAGUCUUCCGAGAGUAGAAAGAGAUUGUUGUCGUGGAACGACGUAGAACCUGGCAGGGUGUUGAUAGAUCCUCUGGGACACAAUACGGUGACGAAAUAUGAUUCUCCUACGAGCUUGGAGAACGGACGUUUGAAGGCGAGUCUGAGCGAGACCAGAGGCAAGCAGGCCGAGUAUUACGGUUUCAACGGAGUUAAAGCUAAGCCCGAUCCCGUGUCGCCGAUGGUGCUCGUCAACGUAGAUAAUACCUCGAAAACAGAUGUGCCAAACAGAGCUUCCGUAGAUUUAAUUAGCAAACCCGAGGCAAGGUCGCCGAAGAACGGCGACGUUACGACGGAGGAGACCAAUUCGAGCAAGUUCUUAAGACCCACCUCGUUGCCGUUGAAGCCGGGGACCUUCACCCCGAAGAAGCAUCACGGUAUCACGCCUACGGCGAACACCCUUCCUUUGAUCAGCCCGGAAACCCCUCGGCCGAAGAAAUCGUACGGGCAACUCUACUUGAACGGGCACGCUUAUACGUAUCUGGGAUUGAAAUGUUCGACCAGAGUGUUUUAUUGCACUCUGAACAGACCGCAGCCCAUGUACGUCACCCAGCAACACGGUUUAUCGAUGUAUUCGAAUUGGAAGAUAUGCGAGGAAGCACCGCCGGACGUCGAUAUGGCGCAUUACGACUCGAGGCACAGAUCGUUUAAUUACACCACCGCUUGGAAAAAGCAGGAGGAUAUUUUGACGCACUCCUCUCAAAGACCCACCACUCCGACGAGUCCGGAUAGCGGUCUCGACGGUGAUAUGCAAGAGAAAGCGAAGAGAGUCAAGAUAUUCGAUGGAGGAUUUGAGAGUAAUGAAGAUUACACCUACGUCAGGGGCAGAGGUCGAGGUCGGUACGUUUGCGAGGAAUGUGGUAUUCGUUGUAAAAAGCCAUCCAUGUUGAAGAAACAUAUCAGAACGCACACAGAUGUAAGGCCGUACACGUGCAAGCACUGCGCUUUUGGUUUCAAAACCAAGGGCAACCUUACGAAGCACAUGAAGUCGAAGGCUCAUUACAAGAAAUGCGUCGAGCUGGGGGUCGUUCCGGUACCAACGAUAGUUUGCGACGAAAAUAUCGAUAAGGAAGCGAUUGCCCGUUUGGCAGCCGGUGGUAACACCGAGGAAUCCUCGGACGAAGAGGAUGAGAGCGAGGGGGAGGAGAGCGAGGAGUCUGGUAGCGAGGAACAGGAAGUGGCACAAAGUUUGCUGAGUUUAUCGCAACGUAAUGCGAACAGAUUGCCAGGACUUUUGCCAUCGGGAAGGCCGACUACUUACCCUUACACCCUCACGUUUUCCACGACCUCGGCAUCGGUGAGCGUGUCUGUGACCGUAACCAGCGCGCCCAUAAGUAGCCAAACGAUCGCCAGCACCCAAGAGACUACCGUCGUGCGAAACGAAUUGUCCCAUCGUUAUUAUUUCCCUUCGAAUCGAACCGCCCCGGAAGAAUUAAGGACGACCGUGAUUCAAUCGUCGAAGAAGGAAUGUCCUGAAAUAGAGAUAAACAAAAGCGAACAAGACUCGCGAAACACUUCUUCCCAGCCCAUGGAUCUUACAACGAAAGCCGCUGUACAAUCAUUACCCGUCCCUGUACUGCAAAGAGCUAGACCAACGGACAUUUUAACCCCCGUCUCGGAACCGGUCUUGCUGCAAACGAUCGUUCAAACGAUGGAAAGGUUACCGAUACAAGGGAGAGAAUGGAAACCGGACGCCGAAGGGCACGUGUUACCUGCUUACCUGAAGGAAAUAACAUUCGCCGAAAGAAGCGAAUCUAACAAAUGUAGUUACAGUGUGACUGAAGAUGGGAAAAGUGUAUGCGCUAUUUGUAACAAGGUGUUCAGCAAACCUAGUCAGUUACGGUUGCAUAUCAAUAUUCAUUACUUCGAGAGACCAUUUAGAUGCGAGAGUUGCGCGGUAUCUUUUCGGACCAAGGGUCAUUUGACAAAACACGAGAGAUCUGUUUCACAUCACAAUAAGGUCAGUAUGACUUCGACGUUCGGGGCUGCGACUACCAGCAAUCCAAGACCAUUCAAAUGUACCGACUGUAAAAUAGCAUUCAGGAUACACGGUCACUUGGCGAAACAUCUUCGUAGCAAAAUGCAUAUUAUGAAAUUAGAAUGUUUAGGUAAAUUGCCAUUCGGGACAUACGCUGAAAUGGAAAGGUCUGGUGUCAAUUUGAAUGACAUCGAUACGACCGACUGUGAUAAUAGUCUUACUAGUCUUCAGAUGUUGGCUCAAAGACUUUGCGAGAAAGAUCCUAGUAAAGUAGGACAAUGGGAACCCGAGACAAUUCCAAGUCAAGUGAUCAGCGGAGGUGAAACUUCCUCAAACGAUGGUGAGCCUAUACCACCAUGAAAGUGACCACAGACUCGGAUAUGUUUCGAUCAUAUCAUGUGCCAAUCACCAACGAAGAUCCAAAGUUCGAUCAGUUUAAUUAAAAAGAGCGCGAGUACAGUGUGAAUUAGAUGCCAAAUCAAGCUUUACAUCUUCCAUAGAUUAUACAAGGCUGGAUUAGGUGUUAUACAAGUGCCAAGUCUGCACGGUUUCUAAUGCGUACUAUAUAAACAACAUAGAAAUUUUAUUGAACGUAAUAUCGAAUCGGAUUUUUAGUACAAAUACACACAGGGAUGUGAACAAGUGUAGAGAAAAAAGAGAAUACUCAGAAAAAAAAAAAGUACAGAAAUAUCUAUUAGCCAAAAGAAAAAAAGACCACGAUAAGUCAAAGACAGAUAGUGCCAAAAUAAUACAGUGGACUGGAAUGAAAAAUCAACGGUGAAAUUGAUUGAAUUCGUUGUCGUAUCGAUGAAAUAGUUGUAAACAGGAAGUAUAUGAUACCACCAUCUUUCGAAGGAAAUUUCUAAAGGAACGUAAUCAUUCAUUUUACUAACUAUGUUUGUUAUUGAAAUUACAAAGACCUUUUUCCAAGAUGCCAAAAGGUACAAUUUAAUUAUAUUAAAGGAUUUUCUACAUUAUGGUAAUGUACAGUGAAUAUUAUUAUCGAGGAAAAUUAUUAUAAUGGAAAUCUGAUUUAUUUAAUAUUUAUUUUACAAGCCAAAGUGCAUAAAGAGUGCAUGCGUCUGAAGUGAUGCAUAUUAGUAGAAUAUAAAUGUCUUCGUUGUAACGUAAUUCUACUGCUUUAGCACACAAAUUUCUUUUGUAUAUAACAAUUGUAAAAUCGAAUCGUGCAGAAAGUAACAUUUAACAUUGAAAAUUAUUUUCUUGAUCAUUAGUAAUCAGCAUAAACACUCAGGCGAGCUUUCUUUUCUUGUAGAGACUCAUAGUCCUCCUCUGUUUCCUUCUCACCAUUCAUUGGUGCUGAACUUCCUUCAGGAAUUAAGUACCCUGUCUUUUUCAGGGUUUCUAGAAUCUUUAAGGUCUUCCAUUAUUUCUUGCCUCUUCUUUGUGCUGAGGUCAGUAAAGGUUUUUUUAUUCACCUUCCGGCCUUUCUGCUCCCUGCAGACCAUGAAAGAUGGCGACUUGCAUAGAUAUAAUUCAUGUUGCUAAAGCUUGCUUAUCAUUGUAAAUAAAUCGUUAUAAAUUUUGUCCCUUUUUUGAAAUGCCAUUUAGAUUGUUAUAAUUUGCAAGAUAACACUCUUUUCGUUAUUGUUUACAUCUUGGAAGGAAUUAAUUUUUAUGUACAUAUGUAUUUGAUAUCACCUCCAUCUUCAAUAUUUAUGCAGUAAUAUAGGUAUUAUUCAUGAUCAUUGAACUAACAAUUAUUUCGAAUCAUACUUCGAGGAGGUAUGACCCUUAAAUUUCUUGAAAAAAUGUUUUAGAUUAUUGAAUUUUUUAAUUUCACGUUUUAUGAAGCAAAUUGUACAUAGCACUAAUUUUUCAUAAUUUUAUUGCUCGUAUAACAUCACUUAGCACUUCAGACUGAAAGUUUAAUUAUUUAUUGUAUGAAUUAAAUUUAAUCAAUUUAUUAAGAAAAUAGUAAUUUAUUGUCAAGAGUUUAUUUUUUUUUUUGUCUUGUACUUCCAGACCGAAUCGCAAGUUGUAAGGUUUUGUCUUGAAGCUAGUUUAUUUAAAUUUUCCUUCGAAAAGUGGUGGAAAGUGACUUGUAAUGACAUAGUUUUCGCAACUAGUAAAAAGUAUAAUAUUUAUACACAGUAGUGUUAUAUCAGCAUAAGGUGCAAUGGACUGGCAUGUGAUUCUGUAUUUAAAAUGCAACUGUUGCGUUCAAUGUUGAAGAGUAUUCUAAUAUUAAAAAUUAAUAUUGUAUCUUAAUUAUUGAUACAUGAAUGUGUAUGUGUAUAUGUACAUACAUAUGCAUACACACAUCAUGCAUACAUAUAUGUAUAUAUAUUUGUAUGAUAUUAGUACGAACAGUUAUCAGAAUUAUUGUUGACAUAAGAGAUGAAGUGUUUGUAUAUAUUUAUGUAUGAUAUCAUGAAAUCCUGUUAGUCUUUAUUAUAAUUUUAAGAAAUUCAUCAUUGGAAAUAGAAUCGGUUAUACGGAUUGAUAAAUUAAGCUUGGUAUGCCGCUCUUAUAAAGCUCAUUUACUCUUUUUUUUUUGUUGAUUUGUCUAGAGGUAAUAUAUACGUUUGAUCUUAAAAAAGAAAAAAAAAAAACAGAGUUAGGUAUAAUGCAUCAAUUUUCUUAAAAAAUUGAGACAUCCUGUAUAGAUAAACAUAUUUUUCAUUACAGCUUUAGAUAUACAUCGAAUAUUUUAUAACAAAAUAUAUUGAAAUUUACUAAAAUAAUACAUUAAGGGAAAGAAAAUACAUCAUAAAAUCUUGUAUGCAUCUUAAAUAUUUAGAAUUACAAACUGAGAAAUGAACGUGUCUUAUACUUUGUUCAUUCAUUAGAUUUAAAUGGAAAUUCCUAACUCUGUUUAAAGACUGGUAUCAAACACAAUAUUUUUUUAGUAAAUUUAAUUGAAAUUAAUUAGUACGAAUUAAUGAUUAACAUUAACAAACUAGGUAACCGAUAACCGAUUGUCUGAUUUUGCUUAAACUAUUUAAGAAGCAACAUACCUUCCACAAGCGACAGCUACUGUAUUUUAUAAUUAUCUAUUUAAUAUACAGCGUCCAAUUUUUAACAUCUUACUCAAGCACGACUCGUCUUUCCUACUGCAUAAUCAGAUUUCGAUUAUCACAAUUUGUACCUAAGUGUGCUUGAGAUAAAAUAGUAGAGAAAUAGAAUGAUUGCACAAUCAUAUACAUUGAGGUCCAGUUGAAGUGAUUGUCGCCAAACAAUAUCAACGUAGCAUAGUUUAAUAUAGCAUUUGGUGUAUAUCCAUUCUAAUGCAGUCCGAUUAUAAAAUAACGUGUAUGGAUUUCCAAAACGUUCAGGUGUGUCUGUUCACAAUGCCAAGCCAACAAUACUUAUAUUUUGGAAGAAAUAAUAUGGCAUACAAAAAAAUAACUGUUUCAUUGAAACUAAUCUCUGAUAAUGAAUAUUAAAGAAUCCAUGAAGAUAAAAUACAUAUUUUGAAAUGUAUCUGAAGCCAAAUUUCGUACAAUGUAAUACUUAUCUUCUGGCUAUGUCAUACGUGAUUAACUAAGAUAGUUCUUUCAGAAUAUGAUUAUCAAUAUAUUUUCGAAACUAUUGUCCUUUGUAAGAGUAUUUCAUAUUUUAAAGAGCAUAAAUAACAAAACAUCAUUUACAUAUCAGAUUGAUUGAUUUAGAUCUAGGUGAUCACAAGUGUCCAUACUUCUAUCAUUUAUAUCCUACAGUAUAACAAACAAUUCAAUAUAAGAUACAUUUAUAUUUUUAUUAAAGAAAAAAAGAAAGCAAACAUUACAAAUAUGUUAAACAGUAUAUUUGCUCUAUCGUAUUUUGGAAACACUUUUAGAUCAUUUACACAAAUACUAGUAUAAAUUUAUUUUUAGUUAAACGAAACAAAUUUUAUGAAUAACUUAAUAUAUAAAAUUCAAGUUCAGUUGUAUAUUUUAUUAGAUAUUUACUGAAUUAAAAAAAUAUAAAUGUUAUUUUAAAAUAAAGUAGGGGAUAUAAUAUAGCAAAAGAAAGAAGCAGAGAAUACUUUUUGAAAUAUGUGGUAUAUAUAACAUUUUUUAAUGUAUGCAAAAUAUUUAUCACACAAUAAUUUAGUUUAAAAUAAAUAUCAACCUUUACACAAAAUGCACUGAUUCAUUAUUAUAAACUGUAAUUUCUUAUCAUUAUUGAUUUCAAUAAAGUCUUAAUCUUCAAAAAGUA